AUGGGAGAAGACGGUAAACAUCACGCAGACUACUCUUCAUUCCAAACAACAGACAGGAAAAAAGCUCUCGAGCAACUCUUGAUUUCAUAUGAGGCUUUAGCAGAAGGUCAAGACAACUGGGUCUGCAAUCUGGCGAACGCCGCAUCAUUAAUCUGGCAUUGUUACAUAUCACUUAAUGUUGACGUUAACUGGGCUGGGUUCUACCUCACUCGGAGAGAGAAUAAAAAAGAGUUGAUUCUUGGGCCAUUUCAAGGCAAAGUUGCUUGUCAGUUGAUUCAAUUUGGUAAAGGAGUGUGUGGUACUGCUGCGUCUAGUCAACAAACUCAAUUAGUACCAGAUGUUGAAAACUUCCCAGGGCAUAUAGCAUGUGAUGGGGAGACAAAGAGUGAAAUUGUGGUUCCUAUAGUCCAAAAUGGCGAAACAGUAGGUGUUAUCGAUAUUGACUGUUUGGACUACAACGGGUUUACUAAGCUUGACCAAGAAUUUCUAGAAAAAUUGGCCGCUUCAGUUUCAAAGACAUGCGUAUUCUAA